UCCUAGUGAACGUCGAGCUGUGAAGUGGUGUUCUCCUGCGCCAAUUCUAGUACCUUCAACGCGCUCGUGUCUUUCACCGGUCUCUCACCUGAGCUCACGUGGUUCCGUGCGGAUAUAGGUGCCUAGAUUUGGAUAUACGGGCAAAAAAACAGCAACGUAGACAAGCGCUGUGAGAUAUUCAACUGCAUUUUGGUCAUUUCCGAUCGUACAAGUGCGAUAGAUGCGUGUAACGCAGCAGAAUUAAGUCAGUGAUCCAUAUUCAGAGCUGUUGCCGCGUGCAGUGCUAAUUGCUUUUAAUGCAAUUUGGUUGGAUGUGUAGUGCAAGGCUUAUCACCUCUCUUUCUCGAGUGUGCCAGUGACCAAAAGUAAUAAAGCGAACCUCACAUAAAGUUCAUGUAAUCAGUGAAUGUAGAAAAAAUAAUUGCCACGUUAAAUAAUUUGCCGUCUGCCUCUCCAAGCGUAGCAAUUUAGUGCUAUAUAAAGAGAGAGGAAAAAAUCUUUUUUUUAUUGGAGUAAAAGUUUUUGAUUUUUCGGUUUUUUUGGGGUUUGUGGUGGCCAAAUGUUGAAAAUGUUCCACCGGAGCGUGUCGAACCGAGACCAGCUGAUAUUAACCAAUUGCCGCUGCAGCGAUAGUUUCGAUGGUGCAACGGAAUAGCCGCCCCGGUCCGAAUAGUGAAUCAAAUUGUUGUUGUUUUCCCUCCGAAGACGUUGCGUGAGUUGCUGCGAAGGGGAAAACCACCACACAGCAGCACCCAACGUAGCGCGCUGAUAACAGCUAGCGCGGGGAUUACUACUACUGGAAGAAGAGGAAGCAAUAGAUCGGCAAUCUGCUCAAACAUUUACACAACUUGUUCGACGCGACGUAAGCAACGGCGAACCGCUGCGGGAGAAGGAAAAUCUAAUCUGACUCAUUGGAUGUAGCAAAAGACCGUAGAAGAAAGCGGAGAGCUAUAACGCUUACGGAAACUGAAUUAGGAGCUUGGUGGAAUCAACGAUGGAUAACCUUAUGAGUGAUUUUCUACUCAACCCGGAGGAGUGGCCCUCCAAUCCGGACGACUUUAUGGAUCUGUUCCAGCUGGAUACCAAUCUGCUGUUCAGUGACGGCUCUACCGCUGGCACGGUGGACGAUAUGAACGACAUUUCAUCCAGUCUGAUCAACAACCUGCAGAAUGGAUUUAGCAACUAUGGGGACAUGGGUGCCGCAACCUUGGCAGGUCCCGACCAUGCUAUGUCGCCGAAUUCGUCACUCGCUUCCGACCAGGAGUUCCACGGAUUUCCAAACAGUAGUGCUGCCUCGAUGGACGGUAGUGGCUACGAGGAGGAAUUUAUCAGUGGUUCUCCCCAGGAAAUCACCGGAUCUUUGCCGAUGAAAAUGGAACUGGAUGAUGCGAUGACCGAGUUCAGCACCUUCGAGCGGAAUGUAGGGCAACAAGCCCUGUCCUCGGCUGCUUCGGACAGCGGGUUGUCUAGUGAUAAUUUGGACUUCGACCCGACCACGGACUACGAUGCACUCAGCCCAGCCCUUUCCUCCCCUGGACCAUCGAUUAGCGAACGAGGCGGACAAAAUUCGCCACCCCGAUACAUCAAACAGAUCCAUGCACCAAUCCAGAAACCCCAACUACUGGUGCAACAAUCUCCGCAACCGCUUGCCACUCCAACCGCCACGGCUCACCCGGUGGCAGCACCGACCAAAACGGAAAAGGUGUACCAAACCGUGAAGACCCUUUUAACUGGCACUUCCCCACAUAUCAAAAAGAACCCAUCGAAAGAUCAGCUACAAACGACACAGUUAACCAACGGAAAGGAAGUGAAAAUCUACCGUGUUGCGCCGGCCAAAAGCGGCCAGACGGUAACCGUCGCGAACGGUACGAACGCCAACAAAAAAGUUACCCUCCAGUUGAAAAAUGGCACGACGACCACCGUGCCAGGUAGAACCGGUGGGACUGUAUUCAUCAACAACAAAAAUGUCGUUCUGACAUCGACACCAGGCAAUGGACAAUCAGGCACCCGUAAAAUUAUUCGGGUUCAACAGCAGCAGCAGAAUGGUCGCUCGAUUCUUGUUCCGGUUUCGAUUCAGGAUCUUCGCACUAUCAAAAUUGUAAAUUCUGCUAAUCUAAAACCAAAAUCGGCAAACAUAAAGUUAGCCGCGGCCAAUUUGCUUCAGCAAUCGAAGCAAGGUUUGAUCCAGAAGAACGUCGUCAUGACCAAGGAACAGUUGAUAGUGGACGAUGGCGAUGUAAUGCAGAAUUCCAGCGACAACGAGAGCUUCGUCUUCGAAGACAUAAUGCAGCAGAGCAAUUCCGUCAUAGAACGGGUCCAGAAACAGCAGCUGGUCAGUGAUUCAGAUGCCGAGCAGGACCUGGACGACGAUUUGGAUGGCGACGAUGGUGACAGCAUUGUCGGUGGAGGUAAAACCGCGUCCGGUGGCUAUCAGAAACUCGUUCUUACUACGGAGGAGAAACGCCUGCUGGCGAAGGAGGGCAUAAGUCUACCGACCAGCUAUCCGCUAACCAAGCAUGAAGAGCGAGAGCUCAAGCGAAUUCGUCGCAAGAUCCGCAACAAGAUUUCCGCCCAGGACUCGCGCAAGAGGAAGAAGGAAUACGUUGAUGGGCUUGAAGAAAGGGUCAAACAGUGCACCGAGGAGAACCAGACGCUGCUGAAGCGCAUCAAGAUCCUCCAGAGCCAGAAUCACGAUCUCAUGAGCCAGAUGAAGAAGAUCCAGUCGCUGCUAACCAAAGGCACCGGCAAGACCACACAGCCGGCCACCUGUCUGAUGGUGUUGCUGCUCAGCAUGGCCCUGGUGGCGGUGCCGAAUCUGAAUCUCGGUGGUUCCCACCAGCAGCAGAACAUCCAGGAUUCGAUCGAGAUGGCCGAGCUGCUGCAGGAUACCGCUAUCGACAAGACGCAGGUUCAAACGGCAGCCCAAAAUCGGCGCUCGCUUCUGUUCGACACCAAGGAACAGCUGGGUGAUGCACUGGUUGAUGAAGAAAUGAGCUUCGAUGAAAUCAUGGCGUUCAACGUGAAUUCGUUGAUUGCCAGCGAGCAUGACUAUUCCUCCGAGGGGGAACCAAAGGCAAAGCGGGCAAAGACCCACUCGCUGGUGGAAUACGACGUGGACGACGAUGUUUGGAAUGGAAGCAGCAAAAUUCGCAUCAAACAGGAAACCGAAGAGUUUAAUCAGAAGACACAAAAAACUCAGGACACGUUUGAACAGAAAAUGAACCAUUUAAACACAGGAUAUAACAUAAAAACGGAACAUAGUGAGGUAAUCAUUGAUCGUGAAUUGCUAGAAUCCAUGUCCAAUAAAGGCAAAGAAGAUUUGUAUGGUAACUUUAAUCUGGACACAUUUGCACGUUCCCCUGGUUUGGCUACUAAAGAUGGACAGAGCAUUGAGUUGCUGGCUGCAGGUACCGGUUCGCUUUCAUCGGCGGCAGCUAACAGUGUCGAAGAGGUAGGUAGGAAAUUGAAUGCUUCGCAACAGAUUCAACAACAAAAUAACAAAAGAAAGCUCCUUCUUUAAGAAAAAAUCGAACUAUUUGCAUUCAUCUAGAGACUUUCGUUGGGCUGUUAUUGCAUGUGUAAAUAUAAAAUUAAUUAAGGAUUACAUCUAACCAUAAGCAUUACAAGAAAAAGAGAUCAUUAAGUUUCUCUAGAUUUUAAAGCGAUGCAAUCAAUUGAAAAUUGAUUGCAUUUUGCUCUUUUAAAUCGCUCCAUAUGGUUUACAUGCGAAUUAAUUUAAACAAUUCAACUCUACUUCGGUGUUGUGCUCUUUUGUUCUAUUCUUUUUUUCGAAAGGAACAAAAGAGCACAAUAAUGAUUAUUAACCUUCAAGAAAAUAUUACACUUUUAGUAUUGAGACGUACUGGUAUCUAUUUGAUUUGUUUCCACUUAGGUCGUAGAAAAUUCACACUCUGUUAUAAAUUUUUAGUGCUGUUUAUACCUAUUUUAGUUAUAUGAACCACUUGUGCAAUUUCGUUUCCCCUAAUACAGGUAGUGCCGUAAAUUAGAUCUUUAAAAAUGUUUAGCUCGUCAGGAAAAUUUCUGUUUCUCAACGUUAUUCUACCACCACACACUACACUUAGUCUAGUAGCAACUUUAUGGAACGUUAAACGCACGGGAUAUAUCUUUAAUUAGGAUAAUUCUUAAGAAUUUAGCCACAGAGUUGAGACCCAACAGCAUCUCUUAUUAUGAAUACAUACGGUUUUGUCUACGUAUAAAAACGAUCAAUUUCUGGCACCAUCGUCCAUUGUGUAAAAAAAACAAUAGAACCUAAUUGAAAAUAACUAAUGGUUGCAACAGCAACUUACCUAAACUUGGUCUCCAUAUGAUGUUUAUAAAAUAAAUGCUAUAUGAAAAGAUGUAAGGCGUAUACUUGUAACCACACACACAUACUAUUCUAAUAUAUUGCUGUAUAUAAACAGUA